AGGGAGUGGGGGUAGGCGGCAGAAGACAGCCCUGUUGCCGGACGGCAUGUGCAGGGGCGCAAGUGGGCCGGUGGUGGGCUGGUGGCGGGCUGGUGGUGGGUACAGGUUGCAUGACAGAGGAGCAAACGCCCACAGGCGGCCCUUCCUUCCCUGCCUCAACCGACCAAGUGGCUGACACUACUUCUCUCCGGCAGCGCGUGCAGCGGUGGGGAGACAACCUGCAUACACCGUCGAACAGGAGGAGCGCGGCGUGUGACUUGGCGUGUAGGCUGGUGGUGGUAUGGCUGGCAAGACAAGCAAGAAGAGCGUGGGGAAGGCGAGUCGGGGGAAGGGCAAGGGCGGAGGCAAGGGCGGAGGCAAGGGCGGAGGCAAGGGCGGAGGCAAGGGCAAGGGCAAGGGCAAGGGCAAGGGCAAGGGCAAGGGCAAGGGCAAGACCAAGGGUAGAGGUGGCUCGUCGGAGGCCUCGUCGGCAGUCUCCAGCUCGGACAAUGAUGAGACAGGCGAGUCUGGCGAGACAACGGGCGACACGUCCCUUGAUACGUCCGUGGAUGGGUCCGAUGGCGAGUCUAGUUCUGCCGAUGAGACGGAUGACGCGACGGAUGAUGCGACGGAUGCAUGUGAUGGUGAGUCCGAGACGUCGAGUGUACUGGAGAGCAGCGACGACGAGACAGACACAACGACGGAGCGGUGCGAGCCGACCUCGGAUGUCGUCCUCACCAAUGUGUUCUCGCACUCGUCGGAAGACAACGCCAGCCGCAGCUCGCGAUCGCGCAAGAGCAGCAAGAGAAGCAAGAGAAGCAAAGAUAAGAGCAGCAAAGCUGACAACGAGAAGAAGCGGACACGAAAGGUUCGCCGAAAGAAGAUCAAGAACGGCAAGGGUGCUCCUCCUUCAGAGCCGACAACUUGUGAUGGAAGCGACGCCGGCCUGUGGUCGACUUCAGACUCGGUGGUCAAGGCGAUGAAGCAUGACCUCGAGACGUACGUGCGGAUGACCGCUGGCGAGCGGCGCGAGUUUUCCAAGUACUACCGCCCGGUCCGCAUUCCCAACUGGCCGACGUGCCACCCAGUCGUCUCGCAUCGCAUUACCAGCGACGUGCCCGAGGGCGCACGGACGACGGUCCGCUGGUCGUACGCCCUCUGGUACUUUGUCAUGUUUGCGUACUUUGCCAACAUCGCUGCUGUCGCCUGGGCCGUCAUCCGCGAGCAUGACACCGGUGCCUCGGCCGGCCUGGCCACCACGUACUUUCUGGUCGGCUCGGGCCUCUCGUUUGUAUUCUGGUACUGGCCACUCUAUGCCGCAGCGCGGGCGUCGGCCCCGGCGAAGCUCCCGUUCUUUGUCUUUUCGUCCAUCGUCCAGAUGGCCGCUCUCGGUUUCCUCGCCGUCGGCGUGCCCGGCUCCGGCGGCGGCGGUGUGUGGCUCGCCACCAACCUGCUUGACACUUCCAAGCCCGGCGGCAUCGUAGGCCUCUGCGUCGGCGGACUCUUUGCCGUCCUCGCUCUCCUCCACAUCCCCAUCAUUGUCGCCACCUACCGCACCCACUCGGCGCUCUCGCGCGCCAACUUUAUCACCGAGCGCCGUCGCGAGGCCGCUGCUGCGAGGCACGCGCUCGCUGUCUAGACUUGUAGCAAUUCACUUUACUCACUGGCCGCGCGUUAGGUGCGCGCAGAAGCCCGGGCACUGUCGCACGGUGACGCGGUAGCUCAGCAGCCCAAACAGCGCAGCGCGGCUGCGUCGUGGCCGCCGAGGUCCUCGCAUUCCGCGCCACAUCAAGGUAAAGGUAGCAACCCA